CAGAUGUGAAACUCUCCUGUCAGUGCCAGAAACCGCCGUCAUUUCGGCGGAGAAAGUCGAAUAUAAAUUCCCCCAGUACAACGACGAAAGAGGUUUUAGCCAGUCUUGUGUUUUUUUAUUUUAGUGCUCAGCAGCAGCCGGCGCUGCCUCCUGUCAUGCCACCGGCUGCACAUAUUAUUUGCAAGCUUAAAAUGAUAAUAUUUCGAUAUGAUAAUGUACCAGCUGCUGCUGGGCACAAAAAACUUUCGUAUUUAUACUGGGGCAAUUUACAUUGUACUUUCUCCGCCGACAUGGCUGUCGUUUUUGACACUGACAGGAGAGUUUGAUAGCUGAAGCUGAUUUUUAUUUAAGCUAUGCUAGUGAUAUGUUAAAGUGGAAACUUCUGAAUAGAAUUUUAACAUUUCAAUCAGAGUUAUUAACGAACCGGCCCCUUGUGCAUAUGAGUAUAGUCAAUCAUGGAUGCUGAGGUGCUAGCUACUGAAGAGAUCGUGAAGAUAGAAAUGGAGGAUGUAGAGGCAGACACCAAGCUGUUUGAACUUUAUAAUGCCUCUUGGAACUUGAGUUUUAAACGUGAAACGGAUGAAAACACAAAAAAUGCAGUUUCGGUUAGAAUUCCAGUUCCAGAAAUUACAGAUCAAAUAAACUUUAAAAGUGAGCCUGAAGAAGAAGUGAAGGUUGAAAGCUGUCUUGACAACAGUGAAAAGUACUCUGUUUUGGAAAUAAUGGAGGAAUUUGUAAUCAAAAAUGAGUGUAAUGAUGAUGACAUGUUCUUUAAUACAACUACAGAAGCAGUUUCGAAUAGAAUUCCAGUUCCAGAAAUUACAGAUUUCCUUAAAAGUGAGCCUGAAGUAGUGAAGGUUGAAAGCUGUCUUGACAACAGUGAAAAGUACUCUGUUCUGGAAAUAAAGGAGGAAUUCAUCAUCAAAGAUGAGUAUAAUGAUGAUGACAUGUUCGUUGAUACAUCUAUAGAAACAGUUUCCAAUAGUGUGUUGAAACAGCAGCCUGUAGAGUGUAAAAAAUUGAGCAGAAAUUUAGUUUAUUGUCAUAUUUGUGAUUAUUCUGCUAGAUAUAAGUAUAUUCUGGUUAGGCAUAUGAAAGAACAUAGAAAUUUAAAUGAACAUGGUUCUAGCUAUAAACAUAACACGUGUAUACACUGUAAUGCAAAGUUCAGAUCCAAAAGGAGUCUAGAUGAUCACGUCAUUAAACAACAUUCUGAUCUUGUCGAGUCCGUUUCUAGUAAAACUCAUAAAUGUUCGCAUUGCGCGUAUAAAUCAACCAAUAACGGUAAUUAUAGGAGACAUAUGCUGAAACAUUCUAAGACAGCAAGAGCAAGUAACUACAAAUUCGGCAUAUUCAUAUGUACUCACUGUAAUGCGAAAUUCAAAAGGAAAUGUACACUGUAUGAUCAUAUAAUUAGGGAACACCCUGAUUUUAUUUCGUCCUUGUCUUGUAAAUUACAUCAUUGCACACGUUGCGCUUACACAACAACCAUCAAGUCUCGUUUAGCUAGACAUAUGUUAUUUAAACAUUCAGAGUCAGUAACUAUAAAUUAAUCAUAUGUAUUCACUGCAAUGCAAAAUUUAAAACUAAAAUGGUGCUAGAUAAUCAUAUAAUCAAGGAACAUCCUGACUGUAUUGCAUCCGUUUCUUCUAGAAUUUUUGAAUGUGAAUAUUGUGAAUAUAAAACGACUAUGAAGAAUCAUUUGGCAAGCCACACAUUGAAACAUCCGGAAUCAGUAUGUAAAUUCAGCAUAUGUAUUCACUGUAAUGCGAAAUUUAAAUUUAAACAUAGACUAAAUAAUCAUAUAAUCAAGGAACAUCCUGAGUUUAUUGCAUCCAUUUCUGCUAGAAUUCAUGAAUGCACACAUUGUGCAUAUAAAACAACCUUCAAGACAAGGUUUUCUGAACAUAUGUUAAAACAUCCAGAGACAGCAGAUAAUUAUAAAUUCAAAAUAUGUAUUCAUUGUAAUGCAAAACUCAAGAGCACAAGGAUAUUGAAUGAUCAUAUAGUCAGGAGACAUCCUGAGUUUAUUGCAACUGUUUCUGCUGAAAUACAUGAAUGUUCACAUUGCUCAUAUAAAACAACCAUCAAGGCACAGUUUUCUGAGCAUAUGUUAAAACAUCCAGAGACAGUAGAUAAUUUUAAAUUCCUCGUAUGCAUUCACUGUAAGGCAACAUUCAAAGAUAAAACAGGACUGGAUAAUCAUUUAAUUAAGAAACACCCUGACUUUAUUGCUUCCGUUUCUAGUAAAAUCCACGAAUGUAAACAUUGUGAAUAUAAAACAAUUUUCAAGACCAAUUUGACUAGACAUGUGAUGAAACAUCCAGAAACAGUAGAUAAUUCUAAAUUCCUCAUAUGCAAUCACUGUAAGGCAACGUUCAAAUGCAAAAGAGGACUGAAUAAUCAUUUAAUCAACAAACAUCCCGACUUUAUCGCAUCCGUUUCUUGUAAAAUACACGAAUGUACACAUUGUGCAUAUAAAACUAUCCAAAAAAGCGUGAUCGAUAAACAUAUGUCAAAGCACUCAAAAUUAGUCGAUAAUUAUAAAUUCAAAAUAUGUAUUCAUUGUAAUGCAAAACUCAAGAGCACAAGGACAUUGAAUGAUCAUAUAGUCAGGAGACAUCCUGAGUUUAUUGCAUCCGUUUCUGCUAAAAUACAUGAAUGUGCGUGUUGUGCAUACAAAACAGUCAUAAAAGCUAAUCUUGUUAAACAUAUGAAGAAGAAACAUGGUACGUAUAGAAAAAAAUCGGACAUGAAUGAUCAUAUAGUCGAGAAACAUCCUGAGUUUGUUGCAUCCCUUUCUGAUAGAAUUCAUGAAUGUACACAUUGCGCAUAUAAAACAACCGACGAGGCCCAGUUUUCUGAACACAUGUUAAAUCAUCUAGAGACAGUUGAUAAGUCUAAAUCCGGCAUAUGCAUUCACUGUAAGGCAAAAUUCCAAGGUAAAACAAGACUGGAUAAUCAUUUAAUCAAGAAACACCCCGACUUUAUCGCAUCCGUUUCUAGUAAAAUACAUGAAUGUAAACAUUGCGAAUAUAAAACAACCAUCAAGACCGAUUUGACUAGGCACAUGAUGAAACAUCCAGAGACAGUAGAUCCUUCUAAAUUCCUCAUUUGCGUUCACUGUAAGGCAACAUUCAAAUGCAAAAGAGGACUGAAUAAUCAUUUAAUCAACAAACACCCUGACUCUAUCGCAUCCGUUUCUAGUAAAAUACAUGAAUGUUUAAAUUGCGCAUACAAAACAAUUUUCAAGAGUAGUAUAGCAAAACAUGUGUUAGAACAUUCAGAGUCAGAAGGUGAUAGUAAAUUCGAUACAUGUAUUCACUGUAGCGCAGCAUUCAAAAGCAAACAUGGACUGAAUAAUCAUAUAAUCAAAAAACACCCCGAGUUCAUUUCAUCGGUUUCUAGUAAAAUAUAUGAAUGUACACAUUGUUCGUAUAAAACAACCUUCAAGAGUCUUUUAGCUAGGCAUAUGUUGCAGCAUCCAGAAUUAGUAGAUAACUAUAAAUUCAGCAUAUGCAUUCACUGUAAUGCUAAAUUCAGAAGCAAAGUAACACUGAACGAUCAUUUAAUCAAGAAACACCCUGACUUUAUUGCAUCCGUUUCUAGUAAAAUAUAUGAAUGUACAUAUUGUGCACAUAAAACAACCCAUAAAAGUAACCUUGAUAGACAUAUGUCAAAGCACUCAGAAUUAGUAGAUGAUGAUAAAUUCGGCGUAUGUAUUCACUGUAAUGCGAAACUCAAAAGCACAAGGACGUUGAAUGAUCAUAUAGUCAAGAAACAUCCUGAGUUUAUUGCAUCCGUUUCUGCUAAAAUACAUGAAUGUACAUGUUGCGCAUAUAAAACAGUCAUUAAAGCUGAACUUGCUAAACAUAUGAAGACGAAACAUCAUACGUAGGGUAAAGCGGGUGAAUCGCGCCCCCCUAAGGAAAAUGUCGAGUUGUUUAGUCAUUUUAGGAAGUUAUAACAGGAUUAACAAUUUUUUUUAAAAACAUAUUUAAAAAAACUGUCGCUGGCUGGUAUUACCCGUACCAUGAGUAUGGGUAUCACGAGUAUCCAUCACGCUUUGAGGUGAACAGCCGAUCACAAAAGCGACAUCUUUGUGUUAAUUUGUAACGUUGGCAAUAAUGAAUUUCGGGACCGCAUUCAGAGCUAUUGUUCACAUAUCAGGAUCAUAUUUUUGAGUGGGUGGGAAAAGUGACAAUAAAAUGUACAAGUUUAUUAGAAAAUUAUUAUAAUACAUCUGGGAUUUACUGAUUACCUGAUUGCGUAGUAUAUUCCAGAAGCUGUAAAUUUACCUGUAAAAAUGAUAUAGUCACGUAUUUCUGGUUUAUUGUCCGUCAUCAGUGUAACGUAAUUCAAUUACAGAUUAAGUAUGUGUAUAUAAUAAAUAUAGCCUGUUUAAAAUAUUACACUGAUGUAAAACGAAUUGGUGUCCUUUCACAGUACAAAGAACCACAACAAAAUACGGGUUUGUCUACCUGGAGUUCAUCGAUCCCUCAGACUUAAUUAUGUGUUCUGUGCCGAUAUGGGGAAUUUUGAAAUAUUACCAGAUAACUAGCUGUCAUUGUCGCGUAAUGAAUACUCGUGAAAUAUUGUGUAUGCACUAUCUGCAAUGCAAGGUAAAGUGAUGCGGGCGGGAAAUGGCGGUGUUAUUAUUUAUUUGAAUAUUGUUGAGCGCACGAAAAGCAUUAUUUUCGCGACGUACACAAUGACUGUAUAUUUUUUUUAUUUGAAUCAAUAGCUAUGAGCUAAAGUUAUGAAAAUGCUGAGAAUCUAAUAAGCUGUCUUGUUUGGACACUGUUGACUGAACGGUACCUGAAUAGUUAAUGUUGAUAGAAGCGCUGUCAUUAGGUGUUAUUUAAUAUCUCAUAUGAGCAAAUCAUCAUCACUUAGUAAGAGCGUACGACAGCUUGUCAGAUGAUAUAUCGGCCCGCCUAUCCAGGUUUCUGUGAUAUCCUCCUUACCGUUCCCCUCUUGCAUUUUUUUGCUGGGCAGAUAAUUGUAGUAUAGUCCUGAGGUUCUUCAAUCUCAAAAAAUGUGAUAUGGUUUUUUUUUAUUUAUUUUGG